AUGCGGCUCUCGCGGGCACAACCACGGCAGCACCGCGGGGGAGCAGAGGGAAGCCCGGGGACCGCCGGAGAGCAGCUCCGAGAGGGCCUCGAGUAUGUGGAGAUCGCUGCUGUGCUGGAUGGAUGCUGUCGCCUAAAACUAGGAGAUGCACCAAACCCAGGUGUUCUCCUCCCUGCCGUAACGGGGCGCUGUGUCGACAGUUUAACAGAGUUCCCGGUCCACCUCAGACCCCUCCGGAUCCCACCACAACCAGCUCUGAGCCCCCAGAGAAGCACCAAACCUGCUGCCAGCUCACCUCCACCCGAACCUCCACCUGAACCUUCAGACCCGAACCCGACUUCUGCUCAGGCUGAUGGAGAGGAGGACACAAAGGUCCCUGACUCUGGUCCUGCCAAAGCUGUAGGCUUUGGAGGUCAAACUGAAGAGAAUGAUGGAGCUGACAGUGGAGGAGGUGUUUCCAAGCGGUUUCUGACUCGUGAGGAGAACCAAGCCUCCCCAAAAUAUCCCACUGUAAUCCGGUUCGAUCCAGAUCCAGAUGAAGGGCUGACAGCCUCCAAUCAGAGUUCUGAUUCUGGAUCUGAAGCAGAGGAGAGGAGACCAGGCACUUUCGAAAUGCCUCCACCCGAGUUUGAUCCAGGACAGGAUGAGGAGGAUCAGAAUGAGGGGAAGGAGAAAAAGAUGGCGGGAGCAAAAAAGCUGAGCCUGAGAGAGGUCCAGGCAGUGCUGCUGAGAAAGACUCUGUCACAGGGAGGAAGAGGUGACAAGAUGGCCGCCCUGCUGAUGAAGCACAUUGAGAGGGAGACGAAUAAAGUUCACAGUGCAACCUCCCCUUUUAAUGCUUCCUCAUCCUCCUCGCUGAAAACAAGUGUGAAGACGUUCCACACCCAGAAGGGGCAGUACAGCGUCCAUUUCAACACCCUGACAGAUAAGGACAGCGUUAAUGCGGUGUCAGAGUCCGGGCCUGAUCGCCGUGAUUAG